AUGGCCAUUUGUAUAAUUGCCAAAUGCCAAUGCUUCUUUAAUAUAUGGAUUUACAUGAUAAUAAGCUAUCAGUUCAGUGGAUCUAUUCCAGCCUCUUGGGGUCAACUUUCAAACCUAAAAUAUUUAGAUCUUUCGGGCAACAAUCUAAGUGGAAAAAUCCCUGAAAAGUUAUUCUCGACUCAUGUAUUCAACUUUACAGAAACAUCUCUCGAUUGUGGUGCCACGUUUCCACAACCUUGCAUUUCAGGCUCCUCUGUUUCAGGUUCUACUAAAAAUUCAAAACUAAAGUUGGUUACUUUUGGCGUUGGUUGUGCUGCUCUCGUGCUUUUAUUGUUAGGAGCCAUCUUUUUAUACCGAUUCAAGCUUAUGUCCAAACUUGAACGUGACUUAUUCAUUGAUGUAGAAGGUGAAGAUGACAGUUUAGUUUCAUAUGGGCAACUUAAAAGAUUUUCAUGGCGGGAAGUACAGCUGGCAACCAACAACUUCAAUGAAAGCAAUAUCAUAGGUCGAGGAGGUUUUGGGAAAGUUUAUAAGGGUGUUAUUGCAGAUAACACAAAAGUUGCGAUUAAAAGACUCGCGGAUUAUCAGAGUCCAGGUGGCGAGGCAGCUUUCUUGAGGGAAAUUCAGUUGAUAAGUGUUGCAGUUCAUCGUAAUCUUCUUAAGUUGAUUGGGUUUUCUACAACAUCGUAUGAAAGAGUACUUAUUUAUCCAUUUAUGCAAAAUCUAAGCGUUGCAUAUCACCUACGAGAUUUGAAACCGGGAGAGAAACCCUUGGAUUGGGCAACACGAAAACGUAUAGCAUUUGAUGAUGAAUUUGAACCUGUUCUUGGGGAUUUUGGGUUAGCAAAGCUUGUAGAUAAUGAUCUCACUCAUAUUACAACUCAAGUGCGUGGGACAAUGGGACACAUUGCUCCCGAGUAUUUGUCCACAGGAAAAUCCUCGGAAAAAACCGAUGUUUUUGGAUACGGUAUAACAUUGUUGGAACUUAUAACGGGACAACGUGCGGUGGAUCUUUCUCGCCUUGAAGAUGAGGAAGAUGUUCUCCUUCUUGAUCAUAUCAAGAAAUUGCUCAGGGAAACGAGGAUCAGUGACAUUGUGGACCCGAGUCUCACAGUUUAUGAUGCAAAAGAAGUUGAAACAAUGCUUCAGGUGGCCUUGUUAUGCACCCAAGGUUCACCAGAGAAUCGUCCAAAAAUGGGAGAUGUCAUUCAUAUGCUUCGAGGACAAGAUUUGGUGGAGCGAUGGGCAGAAUGGGAACAAAUAGAAGAAGUUAGGGUUCAAGAAUUCUCUCGAAUGUCUCACCAGUUUGCAUGGGGUGAUGACUCAACCCUCGAUCAAGAAGCUAUACAGUUGUCACGAGCCAGAUGAAAGUGGCCCAACUCGAGACUCAGAAAGUAAAAUCGUAUACUUAAAGAAAAUAUUACAUGAAAUGUAAUAAAGUUUAAUUAGUGUAUUUGGCUUUGGGCUUGCUCAUUGUAAACUUACGUGAGAUACAGAUGUCUAUGCUACUUGUAGUUUUGUUGUUGGGUGACAUGUACGUUUUCUUGGUUAUACCGUUUUGGUUAAUAGUCUGUGAUAGAUUUUUAUAUUUUUUUUCUUGUUAAGAAUUAAAAAAAAAUGUUCUGCCAUCUCGUUAUUAAUUGUAUCCGGGAUUCCUGAUU